GACCAGGGAGCUUUGAAGUAGAAGCACUUUCAGGGAAAGACUGGUGCUUGUAGAGGACACAGUUUAAUCCACUACAAAGAUGAAGCUGCUGCUCCUAUAUCUGGGACUGUCCUUAGUCUGUGCCAACAAUGAAGGAGAAAUGGAAGUUGCGAAGAACUUUGAUCCAUCAAAGAUUACGGGGAAGUGGUUUACCAUUCUCCUAGGCUCUGACCAAAAGGAAAAGAUAGAAGAAAAUGGUAGCAUGAGAGUUUUUGUGGAACAUAUUGAUCUCUUGAAGAACUCUUCGCUGUUCUUUAAAUUCCAUACCAUUGUAAAUGGACAGUGUACUGAAUUCUUCGUAACUUGUGAUAAAAAAGAGGAUGGUGUAUAUACUGUUCAGUAUGAUGGGCACAAUGUAUAUAGUAUAGCUGAUGUGGAAUAUGAUGAAUAUGUUAUAAUUCUUCUCAAGAAUGAGAAAAAUUUCCAAUUAGCUGAACUCUAUGGUCGACAACCAGAUGUGGGAAUAGAAAUUAAGAAAAAGUUUAUGGCAUUUUGUGAAAAACAUGGAAUUGUUGAAGAAAACAUACUGGACAUGACGGAAGUUGAUCGUUGUCUGCAAGUCCGAAGUGACAAAGUAGCCUAA